AAGGGAUAAGCUACACAAAAUAUAAUGGCUGUUUGUGAUUUUAACAUGUGUUUUACAUUUGUAUGGGCCGGAUGGGAGGGAACUGCACAUGACACGAGAAUUUUUAAUCAAGCGUUAGAUAAUGUGGGACUUCAAUUUCCACAUCCCACGGGUGAUAAAUAUUACGUUGUUGAUGCCGGAUACCCAAAUACUAGAGGGUAUCUUGCUCCAUACAAAGGCACGGACAUUCGUUAUCAUAUAGCGGAUUUUCGACGUGCACAAACUAGCGCUAUGGGUGCUCAUCAAGGACCAAAAGAGACAUUUAAUUAUUACCACUCAUCGUUGCGAAAUAUCAUUGAACGGACUUUUGGAGUGUGGAAAGCUAGGUGGGCGUUAUUGAGAGAUAUGCAUGUUGGUUUCACGUACAACCACCAAGUGAGUAUUGUGAUAGCAUCGAUGGCGCUCCAUAAUUUUAUUAGGAGGGCCGGUGGGUUUGAUGACUUAUUUGAUAUUGCACAACAAGAAUCUUACAAUCCCAGAGGAGGUGGUACUAGUGACGAAGUUCACGCAGAAGUUCAGGCUACAAGUCGUACACAUGAUGAUGAUCUGCAUAUGGCAGCGAUCCGAGAUAUCAUUGCGCAAGAUAUAAUGACAUUGCGGGGAUGAACAUGCAAUCGUUUCUAUUGUAGGGAUGAAUGUACUAUAAGAACUAUGGUGAUAUUAUUGUGCUUUUGGGUUUGUUUGUU